AUGGCGGGCAUUGAGCAGUUGGAGAUCCAUAGCAAGCAUGCUUCUCCAAAGUCCUACAUCGUACGAUGGGUCAAAGUCGACGAAGGCCAUACCAUUUCCUGGAGCGUUCAGCCACACAAGAAGUCCAUUAACUUUGGCAUUGUGAAGCACCCCGGGACAGGCGCCGCCGGCCUCAUUACGAACCAGAACGAUGAUGCUGCGACGCCGGGCUCCUUUACCUCUGGCGUUGCCGAGCCCAAGAAACCUUUCGCCAAGAGGGAUUCGAGCACAGCUCAAGAGCAGCUCGCCAACAAAGGCUUUAUUCCCAUAAAAUGGCAUGGGAAAUGCGAUGCGGACAAGGUGUCGACGGGCACUUGGGAUGUGCCGCAGGGCCAGGGCGGCAUGUACGGCUUGGUCUUUGACAACACCUUUUCCAAGCAGAUCUCCAAGACAGCUACCUUCGUCCUCCUUACCUACCCGACCGGCGCACCGCCCCAGACCACCGCGCAAAACUUCCCGAACCUCCAAGCCGGAUCGAAUGCGACCGCCAGCAAGACGAGCCUGCCGCAGAUGACCGCCGUUACCUCCGCCUCCCAAGACAGCCUCCACAGUCACGUGGCAGCAGGAGGACGUCCGACGUCAGCUUCCGGGCGCAGUGACGGAAACGCCAACUACCAUACGGGAAUCCUGCACAAGAGAAGGAGAAAGAAGGGUCAGGGCUACGCGCGCAGGUUCUUCUCGCUGGAUUAUUCGUCCUGCACACUCUCGUACUACUACAACCGCAACUCGUCCGCGCUUCGUGGUGCGAUCCCUCUUAGUCUUGCCGCCAUCGCGGCCGACGAGCGUCGCCGAGAAAUUAACAUUGACUCGGGCGCCGAGAUCUGGCAUCUGCGGGCCUCCAAUGCCAAGGACUUCAACGAUUGGGCCAAGGCCUUGGAGAAGGCAAGCCGCGCUGCGAGAGGUGUGGAGGAGCAGCAGCCCAGCAACAGCAGAGCAGCCCCCUUGAGGGUCAACACCACGCAUUUGAAGCCGACGCAGUCGAACCCCGACGAGGAUCGCGAAUGGCAGCAGGUCGAAACUCUCGUCAGCCGAAUGGUUGGCACCAGGGAUGCACUCCGUCGCCUUGUGAAAGACAUGUCGACUCAGAGACCCGUCAGCAUGGCUGCAUCGAACUUCUUAUCCCCAGGCGGUACGGCGGGCGAAGAGCAAGACAGCUAUUUCACCCCCCCUGCUACUACGGAGCAGUCGCAGAGACGACCCUUUUGGAAGCGGAAAUCGAGCAAUGCUACCCCUACAGCUGCUGCCGCUCAAUCCGCUGCUGCGUCUGCCCUUGCAGUUCCGUCUCCGGGUUCUGUGACGACCAUAAACGCCAAUGGUCCACACCACUCGAAGCAGAAGUCCGUCCACGAAGAGAAGAGCACACAGGAGCAUUGCGCAGCAGUCCUUAAUGACCUCGACUCGGUUGUGUCCGAGUUUACGGCUCUGAUUGCCAACAGCAAACGCCGCCGAACACCCGCUCCCCUAUCGGCCGCGCCCUCCCGGCGAAGCAUGGAAACAGUGUCUACAGAAGAGUUCUUCGAUGCCGAAGCUGGUGAAACCAACUCACAAAUCGUUAGGAUUGCUCAAAGCGAGGAUGAGAGUCCAGACUCGGAGGCUGAUGAGCACCUCAGUGACUCAUCUUCCAUCUCAUCGGCUCAGGAAGAGGACGUUGUUGGAUCAGAUGACACGAACUGCUAUCCUACAAAACCCAAGAGCUUGACUCCACUGCCAGUAGAUAUCUCAAUCGACAGACGGACCAAGAUUCCGCCGGCCAUGGUACAGCCUCCAAGUUUGAUUGCGUUUGUGCGGAAAAACGUAGGCAAAGAUCUUAGCACUAUCAGCAUGCCCGUGUCCGCGAACGAGCCCAUCUCGCUCCUGCAGCGCGUUGCCGAACAAUUGGAAUACGCUCAGCUCCUCGACGAAGCUGUCCGGCAGAAAGAAUCCAAGGACCGCCUUCUUUACGUCACAGCAUUCGCGGUGUCGCAGUUCAGCACUGGUCGCGCAAAAGAGCGUGCUAUCCGCAAACCUUUCAAUCCUCUUCUCGGUGAGACUUACGAGUUGCUGCGGACAGAACAGGAAGUUCCUGGAGGAUUCCGCCUGCUUGUGGAAAAGGUCUCUCAUCGCCCCGUCAGACUUGCCAUGCAGGCCGACUCGGCCAACUGGUCUUUUAGUCAAUCGCCGGCGCCGUCGCAGAAGUUUUGGGGCAAGAGCGCGGAAAUCACAACGGAAGGCCGUGUUCGUGUCGCUCUUCGACUUCCGGACGGAACGGACGAGCUGUAUUCGUGGACGCAUGCGACGAUGUUCCUGCGCAACGUGGUGAUGGGUGAGAAGUAUGUUGAACCAGUAGGCGUCAUGCAAAUCUGCAACGACUCGAACGGCGCCAAAGCCUCCGUCGAGUUCCGGAGCAAGGGCAUGUUUGGCGGACGAGGCGAGGAUGUCCAGGUGGAGACGUACGGACCGGACGGGGUACAUACGGGCAGCAGCCUCUCCGGUACAUGGACUGGCGGUCUCCGUAUUGUCCAGGCUGGAAAGGGCGCGGGAAAGGAGAUCUGGCGCGUUGGAAAGCUUGUCGAGAAUGCUGCCAACACGUACGGAAUGACUAUGUUUGCAGCUGGCCUGAACGAGGUGACGGAGAUCGAGAAGGGCAGGUUGCCACCCACGGACAGUCGUCUCAGACCGGAUCAGCGGCUAGCAGAGCAGGGCGAUUUGGACCAGGCCGAGGAGUGGAAGGUCAAGCUGGAAGAGGCGCAGCGAGCCCGACGUCGCGCGCUCGAAGAGAAGGGCGAGGAGCACAAGCCCAAGUGGUUUGUCAAGGCCGGCCAGGGCCCGGAAGGCGAGGAGGUGUGGAAGUUGAGAAUGGGCAAGGACUCGUACUGGGAAGAGAGAUCCAAGGGCACAUGGAGCGGUUUGGAGGAGAUUUUUGCUGGUUAG